AUGGCUUCCAAGUCAGGCUCAAUCGUUGCUCUUCGGUUCUCUGUUCUCAUUCUCUGCCUUCAAGGCACUUAUGCUUACCGUAUAGGAGGUGAUGCCUCUGCCUCUGCCUCUGCCUCUGCAGAGGCAGCCUCUGCCACUGCCUCUGCUUCAGUCUUAAUCGUUGCUCUUAUGUUCUCUGUUCCCAUUAUCUGCUUUCAAAGCAUUUAUGCUUACCGUAUAGGACGUGAUGCCUCUGCCUCUGCCUCUGGCCCAAUUGAAGGUGGCUUUGGAAAUGGAAAUCGGGACAGCCAAGGGUAUGGCGAUGAUGAAGAACGUACGGCUGCCCCAAGGAGGACGAUAUGGACAAUAUCACUUCAUAAAAAGUUUCUGGAGGCAAUCGCACACAUUGGCUUGGACAACGCUACGCCAACGGGAAUUCUCAAGUUCAUGAAAGAGCCAGGCUUAACCGCAAGGCGUGUGGGCAGUCAUUUGCAGAAGUAUCGUAUACACUUGAAGGCGAAGGAAGCUGCGGCGGGGGACGAAGACAAGCUUGACAGGUUGAGCAGGUCAAGCUUCGCACGAGAGAGGUUGAGCAGAUCAGAUGGCUCUACAUUUCAAGUUCAACCAUCAGCUGGAAUUGGAAGCACCCUACCUCUUACUGCUGCUGCUUCCAACUGCCACGGCUUCAUCCAAUUCUCUAAUGAUCAGCAAUCUUCAACUAGCAACAGCAGCAGAUCCAUUCCGCGCCAGCAACCAACGCUUGGUAAUCGUAAUUGGGAUCAGCUGUUUUUUCAAGAACCGAGUAACAAUUUUGAAAAUGGAGGUAUGUCUUUUGACCCAAUGAAUAAUGUUGGACUUACCAACAAUAAUACUGGGACAAAUAAUCUGAUGCAAGUAUACCCACUACAAAGCCAGCCAGGGACCAAUAACCCAUUCAGCCACAACCUUGCUACAUCAGUAAAUCAGAACGGUUGGAAUUUUACUCCAAUGUCUUCGAGCUUUGAUAACUUGGGGUCUCAUUUUAACGAUGUGAAUCAAUUCGGAGUUUAUUGGCGGUCGUCGUGUUCUGCUGGUUUUGAGACUGGUGCUAGUUCUGCAAACCAAUUCCCUCCAAAUUUGCCUGACAACAAUGGUGAUCUUGAUCAGCAACAAAAUGUUCCAGUGUUGCCACCCCCGGAAGGGAAUUUUAAUGACCAAUGUGGCCUGCCAAAUAUCAGUGUUGGAGGAGGAAAUGUUGAAAAUUCCAAUAGACAUCUUCAUGAUAACUUCAUGAUGCCCGCUUAUCUUUUCACGGAUGGGCAGGACAACUAUCAACCUCCUCCUCAGCAACAAGAUGGAGGUCACGAUCAAGGUCAACUUCCUUAUCAAUUUGAAGUGCAGGACCCUGCUGCGAACCAAGUCCCCAACCCUUCUGCGGACCAAGUUCCAAACCCUGGCCCAUACCAUGUCGAAGAUAACCAUGAAACAAUUUUGGAGCCAGGCGUGCCUACUGUCUUUGAAUCAGAGGACUUGAACAUAUGUCUUCAUACUUGUCAGAACAUAUAUGGGAUGCUGAUACGUAAUUGGUAUUGAAGGCAGUCAAAAACCGAGCAAGGAACGAUCCGAAUCCAGUCGUUUGAAUGAGAGGUUUCUCAUGUUUACUUGUUUGUGAGUAGGAAGUAGGAAGUAUAGUUUUGUUUUUUGUUUUUGCGUCAAGCCAUGUCCAAUCUAGGAAUUGCAUUGGGAUUGGAGCUUUGGGCUCUAUAAUACCAAAAGGAGAAAAGAGGAAUUAUAUUGAGUUGAGGUGAUAAUUAAUGUUAAUGAUUCGGGAUUUGAAGGUGUUUGAGCACCUUUUA